UUAACUAAUUCUAAUUUAGAAUUGGAAGAAAUUUAAUUGAAUUUAUUUUUAAUUUAAACAAUAAAAUCAGUACUUUGAAUUUUUUUUUUUUUUAAUUUCAAUUUUGGGAAUUGAUAAUGUUGACUGGUUGACUUAUUGACCAUAGAUGACGUCUUUCAUGGUCCUCCUCUCUCUGGAGCCUUGUCUAUGCAACAAAGUCAUAAAAAAUUAAUGGAUAAACUCUUUUCAUCUCAAAUAAAAGUCAAAUUAUUUUCUUGCUCUUCUCCUUCAUCCUAAUCAUAUAUAUACUGAGAAACCUUAACUAUUACAACCAUGGCGGGAGGAGGAAUCUUUGGCCCAGCGGCUGGUGGAACCCAGUUGGAGGCGAAGAUCACUCCGAUUGUCAUCAUCUUCUCCAUUAUGGCCGCCACCGGUGGCCUCAUGUUUGGUUAUGACAUCGGCGUUACAGGUGGGGUUACUUCAAUGAGCGAUUUCUUGGAAAGGUUUUUUCCGUUGGUUUACCGGAGUAUUCAAGAAUCGGAACCGAACAGUAAUUAUUGCAAGCAGGAAAAUCAAGGACUUCAAUUGUUCAUAACGUCUCUGUAUUUAGCUGGUUUAACGGCAACAUUCUUGGCUUCCUACACGACGAGGAGGCUAGGCCGAAAGCCCACCAUGUUGAUUGCCGGGCUUUUCUUCGUCGUGGGAGUGGUGCUGAAUGCUGGAGCUCAGGACCUUGCAAUGCUCAUUAUUGGGAGGAUCUUGCUUGGUUGUGGAGUUGGUUUCGCUAAUCAGGCGGUUCCACUGUUCCUGUCGGAGAUAGCACCAACAAGAAUACGUGGUGGACUCAACAUAUUGUUCCAGCUUAAUGUCACAAUCGGCAUUCUUUUUGGCUUUCUUGUUGACAAUCACGCUGCAAAGAUCAAGGGAGGAUGGGGCUGGAGGUUGUCGUUGGGGCUGGGUGCGAUUCCUGCUCUCCUCCUAACUGUUGGAGCCCUCCUGGUGGUGGAGACACCCAACAGCCUGAUCGAGCGUGGUCGCUUGGAUGAAGGAAAAUUGGUGCUUAGAAAGAUUCGAGGCACUGACAAAAUUGAACCAGAGUUCUUGGAGCUUGUUGAGGCCAGCCGUGUAGCUAAAAAAGUAAAACACCCCUUUAAGAAUCUCCUCAUGAGGAGGAACCGUCCCCAACUGGUCAUUGCAGUGUCCUUACAGGUCUUCCAGCAAUUCACAGGCAUAAAUGCGAUGGUCUUUUAUACACCAGUGUUGUUUAACACAUUAGGAUUUGGAAAUGAUGCAUCAUUUUACUCAGCCAUUAUUACAGGAGCUGUCAAUGUGGUAUCCACCAUUGUAUCCAUCUAUCCAGUGGACAAAGUGGGACGUCGCGUGCUCUUACUGGAGGGUGGCGUCCAAAUGUUCUUCUCACAAACUGCGAUUGCCAUUAUACUGGGAAUCAAGGUCAAAGAUCACUCGGACAAUUUCAGCAAUGGCUUUGCAAUCCUGUUUGUCAUUAUGGUGUGGACAUAUGUGUCUGCUUUUGCCUGGUCUUGGGGGCCACUAGGAUGGCUCAUUCCUAGUGAGACAUUCCCAUUAGCAACUCGCUCAGCCGGGCAGAGCGUGGCAGUUUGUGUCAACUUGCUCUUCACCACUUUGAUAGCACAUGCCUUUCUCCCCAUGCUCUGUCAUUUCAAGUAUGGCAUAUUCUUCUUCUUCUCGGGCUGGGUGUUCAUCAUGUCCUUCUUCGUGCUGUUUCUGCUCCCGGAGACUAAAAAUAUUCCGAUUGAGGAGAUGACGGAGAGAGUGUGGAAGCGCCAUUGGUUCUGGAAAAGGUUCAUGGAUGACAAUGUGGAGGGAGAAAAUGGGCAUACCAAUGGAUUUGAUCCUGCUUCCCGAUUCUAAAUCUUUAGAAUAUUGGGGGACAUUUUGAACUAUGCCAAUUGUUUUGUGUGUGGAUGGGAGUUUAUCUGUUUUUUUUUUUUUUCAGCUUCUCUUUUUUUUUUUUUUUUUUCAGUUUCUGGAAAUGGUUAUCUUCAAUUGUAAUUUGAGGAUACUUCCUGUGUCUUACGACUCUUACCCUUGUAUUCUUUGUUUUGGUUGAUUAAUGAAAGCUUCAGAAAAAAAAAAAAUAUCAUUGUUGUCAAUAGUUUGAACUUGGGAACUUGGAGUAAUGCAGAAUGAAAAUUUGUUGG